GAGUAGCAGCAGUAGCCGGUUUAAUGCUACGAUGGGAGUAGCGAUGGAGAGGCGCGGCGGAAUGGGAGGAGGAGGAGGAGGAGGAGGAGCAGGAGGAGGCGGUGUUGCUGCUGGUGGAGGAGGAGCAGCAGAGAUGAGCAGUGGCCAUUUGAGGUAUCGUGCGGAUUCGCCGCAGCAACAGCAGCAGCAGCAGCAGCAGCAGCAGAGUAGGCAGGUUCGUUCGACGUCAGUUGUUGUUAUCGAGCUGGAGAGUGGGGAGCAUUACAUAGUGGUGAGCUCUUCUAGUCGGUCCGACACUCAAGUGAUUGGCAUCGACCCGAUGACUGGUGCUCUUCGCUAUGUUGGAAAACCUGGUUUAGAUAACUUCCCCACGGAAGUUUCGGCUUUGGAGUUCCUUACAUGCGGCAACAGAAUCCUUCUCAAGAGCAGAACUCUCGGUUGCGCCAUCUUAGGGUACGCGGCUUUGGGCAUCAUCGGUGCGCUAUUGAUAGCCACUAAAAUCCGAGCCUCGAUCCCUGACCUCCCUGGUAGCGGCUUCGACGUCGUUCAUACCGUUACUGAGAGUCUAUGGAUCAAGAUUCCGUUGAAGUGUCCUCAGCAGCCUCUUAAACAGGAAGUCAAGAACGCAGAUGAUUUGACCAACAUGGAAAUCGAUAACAUGUAUUUCUACUGCGAGACUCGGGACAUCUCUCGUCCUUUCCCUAGCGCGCACAAUUUGGAAGACGCAGAUGUAGAGUUCGUUUGGAACGAGUGGAUGUCGGCACCGUUUAAGAGAUUAGGGUUACGCAAGCACUGUGUUGUUUUGCUGCAGGGAUUAGCAGAUAGCCGAAAAUUCUCGGACGCGAGUGGUGAGGAGCUGCGGGUGGCAUUGAUAGCGCGGCGCAGCAGGCUUCAUCCGGGAACGCGAUACAUAGCGCGCGGAUUGAACGCUGCGUCGAGCACAGGCAAUGAGGUGGAGUGUGAGCAAAUAGUUUGGCCCUCUUCAGGCGACCACCCAUCAUCGUCGUCAGGUUGGCGAUCAUCGUCGGCGGCGGGGCGGCUUACCUUCAGCACGUACUUGUGGAGGCGAGGAACCGUUCCGAUCUGGUGGGGGGCAGAGAUCAAAUCGAGCGUCCAGGAGGCAGAGAUCUACGUGUCUGACGAUCAGCCUUCUCAUGGGAUAACCACGUAUUAUCGCCGGCUAUCUCGUCGCUAUGGCAACCUCUUCUCUUCCGCUGCUUCUUCGUGUUCUACUUCUUGUUCUUCUGCUUCUGCUGCUUCUUUGUCGGCAGAUUCGAGGGAUGAUAGGAUGAUGAUGAUGAUGGCGAGUGACGGUGGAGGUGGUGGUGGUGGGGGUGGAGGGGGGGGGGGGGGAAGGGGGAUGGAGAUGGCGUCGGCGGGGAAGAAGCCGGUGAUUGCUUGCAUCAAUCUGCUGAGAAGUGCAGUCGGAAGGCCGGAAUUCGAGUUGUCUGAUAGGUUUGAGAAGGUGGUACAGGAGGUACGGUGCGCAAAGGAAAUGGAUGACACCGAUUUACAGAUACAGACGUACGAUUGGCAUACGAAAAUAAAAGCGGUGGGGGAACCAAAAACGGUGGAAGGGUUGUGGGAUGUGCUUAGGAAGCCGAUGAUGGACAUUGGGGUCUCGAUCGCUGAGUAUGUUCCUCCCCCUGGCAAUUCGCAUAGCGGGAGAGGAGGAGGAGGAGGAGGGGGAGGAGGAGGAGGAGGAGGAGCAGGAGAUAGCGGUGCUGCUGCGGGUUCCGUGCAAGGUGGAUUGGUCAUCUUGCCGAAUACUGGAUUAGGUGGGGGUGUUUUCCGCGUAAUGACACGCCAGCGGGGUGUGGUGCGAUUCAACUGCGCGGAUUCGUUAGAUAGGACAAACGCUGCCAGCUUUUUUGGUGCCGUUCAGGCGUUGGCAGAGCAAUGCAGAAGAAUUGGGCGUCCCAUAGAUUGGAGAGGCGGGGGAUUCGUUGUUGCAGGAGGAGGAGCGAAGUGGGGAGGAGGGGAAAUGAUAGGAGGUAGUGGGGGUAGUGGAGGAGGAGGAGGAGGAGGAGGAGGAGGAGGUGGUGGCGUUGGUGGUGGUGAUGAUGGUAGGCAAUGGAAUGGUGGCGGCGGCGGCGGCGGCGGCGGCGGCUACGGGCCUCUUCCUCCUGGUUGGGAUAUGAGAAAAGACGCCGUCACUGGUCGCUUCUUCUAUAUCGAUCAUAAUACGCGAACCACCACUUGGGACCAUCCCAAUCAAAAUCUCUAUCACCGGCAACAGCAGCAGCAGCAGCUCGGCGCGCUUGCGUCGUCAGUCAAGGAUUCCGCCGAUGGCGGCGGCGUCGGCGGCGGCGGAAGCGGAAGCUGGGCGAGCGGCGGCGACUUUUCGAGGAGGAAUAAGACUGCUGCUGCCUCGGAGGCAGGAGGAGGAGGAGGAGUUGAUAAUCGAAGCGGGACGACGGAGAAAGCCUGGAAGCGGUUCGACUAUAGUCUUGACCUCGUCAAGCAAUACACUUUGCCCCGCCCUCUGGCCGUCCUUGGCGAGUUGUUUCUUUUGGCGGGAGAUAUUCAUGCUACUUUGUACACUGGCUCUCGGGCAAUGCACAGCCAUAUCAUCCAUAUCUUCAGCGAAGAUGCAGCCAAGCAGAAGCGAGUGGCGGCCGUCAGCAAUGUGGGGAUAACCUUGCAAAGAAGGUACGCGAACAUGCUCGUCGACAAGACCCGGCAAGCGCAAUUGGAGAUGUUCUUGGGAGCGAGGAGGCACAAGUACUUUCCCACGGUCCCGGAGAAACCGCUGCAACUGGGCACUAGACCGUUCGCCUCGGUGCUGAAGGUGGUUCCGUUUUCGUUCCAGAUGGUUUACCCACUGAAUUCCUUGUUGAGUUCGUCGGGAUUCGGAGGCGGCGGAGGUGGCGGAGGCGGCGGAGGCGGCGGUAGCAUCGGCAGCGGGAGCAGCAACAACAGCAGCAGUUGGAAGGAUAACUGUUGGGUGUGUUCCCCCCCCCCGGGUGCGACAGGCGCAGAGGAAGCUGUCGUCAAAGUGUACAUGCAUUUGUCUGAACCUUGUCACGUGUGCCAGCUCGUACUGACGAUCGCCCAUGGGCAAGAUGACACCACCUCUCCCAGCGGCUUUGAUGUGUACGCUGGGCGGGAUUUAACUGAUCUCAAGCCGUUAUUGAAGGGUGCCGUUGUGCCGAAAUGUGCAUCGGGUACCCAGCUUCUUUACCCCUUGUUGCUAGAUCCAUCGACGGUGGACAAGACCGAUUUUCCGUCUUCUUCUUCUUCGUCGUCGUCGUCUUCUUCUUCCCCUUCUUUAUCGUCGGCGUUUGCUGCUCAGCCGGACGUCGGGUUCAUGGCGGCAAACAGCAGGCGAGGGGAAGAUCACUCUCUAGUUUGGCUUUACGACUUCAACGAACCAGAGGGACGAAUCGACUUCCUGACUCGGGUGGUUGUUGUCGUGUUCUAUCGAUCGGGGUAUCCCAUGACGCUGGGCCCUAUCGAAGUGCUGGGUUGCUCGCUCCUGCCGUCGUGUAGUCGGCCGGAUCUCCUACGCAUAGACCACAAGGACGUUGUAGCUGCGUUCUGUAAUUCCGCAAGAGAUUGGUACAGCAAUCCGGCGGCGGCGGCGAAUCCUCCUGGAUUGAUGGGAAGCAAUCAGGAACGGGGGACGGUUCAUUCUGCUGCUGCUGCUGCUGCUGCUGCUCCUCGAUCUCUUCCUCCUCGUCUUCCGCAGCAGCAGCAAGCGGUGCCCAUCAACUCUGCAGGGCCAAUGACCGAUCUACUCCUGCUUGAUGAUGACAUGGCAGGCAGCAAUUACCGUGGAGCUGGGAGUGGAAGUGGGGGGGGGAGUGUGAUCCCUGCAUCCACGCUCUCUCCAUCUCCUCCUCCUACUACUCCUACUCCUCUCAUUCCCGUCGAUUCCCCAGUUGCUUCUGCAGGCUUCGCAGGCCAACGGCCUUCUUCCACACCGUCCUUCGGUGGGACUGGCGGAGGUGCAGUGUUCGACUUGCUAUCGGAUUUCGGCAGCUUGAACGUGAAUGCAGGAAGCGGCAGCAGCAGCAGCAGCAGUAGCAGUAGCAACAACAACUGGGCCGGGACGGUGGGAUUUGGCUCAGCAAGCUCAGUGCCUCCUUCGUCUUCGUCAUCAGGAGUAGCAGCAAUACCGAGUCAGACUGCCAAUGAUUGGGAUCCGUUCGGGCUAUGGCCCUCCCCAGCACCGGCAGCGGCAGCGACAGCCGCUCCUCCUGUUAUGCCAACGAGUGGCCAUGGCGCAAUGGGUACUGCCGGAGCGGUUGGGAUCGGGAGCACGGUCACGGUCGCGACAAGGGGCCGCACGUCACCGGGGGUUGGGCCGCAGGUGGGCGCCGGUGAAGGGUAUCAUCGACCAGAUCAGGGUCAAUCGACUGCAGCCAUGGACAGAGGCCGGGUGGGCUUGAACCCCGCGAACAAUCCUAGUACUAGGGACACUAGUAGGCGACAAGCAGAAGCAGGAGCAAGAGGAGGAGGAGGAGGAGGAGGAGGUGGUGGGAAUCAACCUGUACCCUUACUGGGGGGCGGUGGAACAUCCGAGUAUGAUGCAAUGAGUAAACGGGAGAGGAUUGCAGAGUAUGUAAGGCUUGUAAAUACUUUGUCUGCCGCUGAGCAACAACAAGGUUGGGGGGGGACUCAGGCUAUGUCUUUCGUGGAUGCCAUGGAGCUGGAGGUUGCGCGGCUCCGGUUGGGACUCUCGGCAUCGGAGCGGAAUGAGGCACUCGCUUCUGUCCGCCGCGAUCCUGCCAUGGUCAAUCCUAACCGUCUGGUUAACCGGGGUGACGCCAUGGUGCUGCGGCAAGCUGCGCAGCAGCUAGCUUCCAUCACCCGUAUGGCUGUGGAGGAACUGGAGGCUGCUACCCUGGGGGGUGCUGGUAUCCCGCAAGGAGGAGCAGGAGAAGGGAGGGAAAGGGAGAGUGCGGGCUUGGCUUGGCUAUCCAAUCACCUUGUUCCAGUUCUUGGGCAGGGGCUUGCUUACGGUCCGCUGGGGAAUUGCACCCAUUCUGGAUGUGAACUCAGCAAGCGGAGAUCCGGCGGGGAUGUGCAGAUGCGAAUGUUUGUUGGGGAAGGGGGGGGGAGCGACCAAGGGGGAGGUCUUCGGACGUGUGAAGCGUGUAGGCGAAGGGUCUGCUCAGCUUGUCUGAUCGGAAACCCUGCAGGGAGUUUUGCUGGCUCGUUUGCGGGAGGAAAUGCGGGUGGGCCUAGCGGGGGUAGUGGCAGUGCGUCGCUGAGGGGGCCGCCCACUCAGCCGGCCUUCCCACCUUUGUGUAAGAGGUGCUGUCCUCCAGGUGUGCGGCAGGCGGUCUUGUUGGACAGAAUUAGGCUGCUUAUCUCUGAGCGGCGGAAGAUGCGAUUAUGCCUUGCUGCCGUACAGUGCCUGAAGCUACUGAGGGACCUUGGCUGUGCAGAUGCACCCUUGCCGUCCACGGCGGCGAUGGCUGAAUUGCGAAGGGGAUCCCCUCCCAGAGGAGGGGGUUAUGGGGUGGUUGGAGUUGAUGAUGUCAGCCCUCUCUAUAGCGGGGGGUUGACUUCGGUGGCAGAGUAUCCGUUUGCCAGCUUUGCAUUUGCUGUUCCGACUGCGGAAGGGGCUGCCCCUCCGCAGUCGCUCCUAGCGCCGAUCCGUGUUGAGCCGUCUGAUUCCCCCUCUUGGAGGGCACCAGCAGGGACUUCCAAUGUGGAGCUGGCCAUGGUGCUGGCAACGCCUGUACUUGUCUCCAGGAUUGCCUUGCUGCCAAGUCCUAGUGGCUUCUCUGCCGGGGAGGAGCCUGUCGUCGACAUCUGGGCAGGGAAUAAUAUGAUGGAGGGUGGCAGAGAAUACGUGGGUCAGUGGGAUGUCAGCUUAAGCUUGGGUUCUCAAGGUGCUGGGGCCGUCCGACCCGCCGGUGCCGGUGCCGGUCAACUUCUUCAGCAUGCCGUAAAGAUGGGAAAGCCUUGCAGAAUUGUCUGGCUCAAACUGUCCCUCAAGGAAUGGCCUGGUAUGAGCAGUGGCAACAGCAGCAGCAGCGCACGAGUAGCAGCGGUGGCGGGUAGCAGAUCGAUGACUUUGGCGACUGGCAAAUCGCUUGUGCCAGAGAGGCCGGCAACAACCAACGGCCAUUCACUGCUUGAUGCAGGGUUCGAUCUCUUGUCUUUGUCUAUGAAUGCCUCAGCCCCGCAGUCUGCUUCUGCUAGCGCCCAUGGAUCCGGAGGUACAGAUUUCUCUUCAUUGCCAGCGCCUCCCGACCUGUCUAAGCGUUGUAUACAUGCACGCCGCAUCCUGAUCCUCGGUCACCGGUUGCCAGACUGCGAGUUUGAUGUUGCUCCACUAGUGGAAGACAGGGCUCAGCCGUCCAGGUCGGUUAGGGAGCUCCCUCCGAAGAAUCGUAUUAGGAUUCAAUCGGAUGGCGAAAUUGCCAAGGCUGGUGGGAGGGUGGUGGAAUACCUGCUUCCGAUGUCCACACCGGCCAUUGAUGGCUUUAAACUGGAUGCAUUCAACUGUGCGAGAGGCAACACGCUUGUUCCUGUGGCAAACGUGGCCAAGGAAAAGUCAGCGGUGCAGCUCCUUGCUGCCGAAGUUGAUGCAUGCAACGUGCUGGCGAUGACCAUUCGUGUUAGUGCGGGGGUGAACAGGGGAUCGAUGCUUGCGUUGGAGACAGUGGGUCUGUUCGUUUUGCCUUCCACCAAGGCCGGAUCACCUCUUUUCUUCGACUUCCCGACGAAGGUGCUUGGUGCCCAAGUCCUUGUCUUUGAGGUUGGUGGUGACCUCUCAGGGCUGUCAGAUGAAUCCAUGGACGGCCCUGAUACCGAUGGAAAGGAUCCGUUGGGAAGCCUUUCACUCUCCGGGAAGAUCCGCUUGUACAGAUAUGCAGGAGCUGGAGAGUCAGGGAAAUGGCUGCAGAUGAAUGCACCUUGAUGAAAAUGCCACCACAUACGUCACUGCUGUAAAGUGCAUCCAGAUUGAGAGGGGUUAUAUUCGAAGGGGUUUGUGGGAACAUGUUCGACGAGAUGAUGUUAUUGAAGAAGAGAAGGCACUGGCUGGUUGCACAUUUAAUGCAUUUCUUCCCUGGAGGGGUCUCUGCGGGUAUGGUUAAGAAAAUGCAUUGCUGAGAUCUGCUUCAAAAGCCAGUGCAAAUUUUAGGUCCUAGGGAUGGGGAGAGGUUUUGUUUUUUUUGACGACUUUGUUUUGUCUUUCUGUUUCAGUUCUCCUUCUUGUUUCCUGAAGAGGACAACGACGGAUGAAGAAGUAAGUUGGUGGUGAGGAUGUCAGCGCAGCACACCUGUGUCCGAAUCCAAACCCCACCAAUUCUUGUGGUAAUCCUCCUCCUUUCCUAUUAUUAGCUUUUCCAUGCCGUAUUCGCUUCCUAUGUUUGGUUGAGUUCCUUUGCUUCUUUAGGAGCUGUAGACUUUCUGAUUUGCAAGAUGUGAUGGAGUAGAUGAGAGGUCAAUUUAACUCUUCCCUCUUCCCUCCUCUUUCCCCCCCCCCUCCUUCCUUUGGUUCUUUGCCUCUCCUUUUUCCUCUUAGCGAUAAAAGUAGAUGGCAUGU